UGGGGGCUUUAGGAGACUUUACUCUAUUUGGACUUGUGUCGAUUGCUGAUGAAGAAAGUUUUUUUUUUCUUUUUCUUUUUUCAGCUUCUUUCCAAGUUGUAGUCAGUGUAUGUACAAGAGAGCUCCGUCCUCACAGGGUGCCAGGAUGGGUACGCUUACCGCACCAAGGAUACUGUGGAUAUGUAUGUUUAUUUUCACAGGAAUAACAAAUAUUUAUGGUUCCAACGUGUGCACGUCCCGAGGAGCCAGUACAUGCAAGCAGUGUUUGGCUGUGCACCCCAGCUGUGCAUGGUGCUUCCAAGAGGACUUUGGGCACGGGGUUGCUGGCUCAUCCCGCUGUGAUUUGAAGAGCAACCUGGUGGCUGCAGGCUGCGCUUCUUCAGCCCUGGAGUCCCCGACCAGUAAACUGCAGGUGAUUGAGGACCGACCCCUCAGCAACAAGGCGGCAGGCGCCACACAAGACGUCACGCAGAUCCAGCCCCAGAGACUCCACAUCACCCUCAGACCAGAUGACUCCAAGCGCUUCACAGUAAAGGUGCGUCAGGUGGAGGACUACCCUGUGGAUCUCUACUACCUCAUGGACCUCUCCUUCUCCAUGAAUGACGACCUGUUCCGCCUCAGGACACUGGGCAGGGGCCUGGCUGAGGCCAUGAACCGGACCACCAGCAACCUGCGCAUGGGCUUUGGGGCCUUUGUGGACAAACCGCUCUCACCUUACAUGUAUAUUUCCCCCAAGGAGGCUGUGGACAACCCCUGCUACAGCAUCAACACCACCUGCCUGCCCCAGUUCGGCUACAAGCACGUGCUGUCUCUGACGGAGGAGGUGGGCCGCUUCACCGAAGAGGUGAAGAAGCAAAUAGUGUCUAGGAACCGAGAUGCCCCAGAGGGGGGGUUCGAUGCCAUCAUCCAGGCUGCUGUCUGCAAGGAGCAGAUCGGUUGGCGUCCGGGAGCGUCCCACCUCCUGAUCUUCACCUCAGACGCCAAAACCCACGUGGCUCUGGACGGUCGCCUGGCUGGAAUCGUACAGCCCAAUGAUGGGCAGUGCCACCUCAACUCUGACAACGUUUACAGCAUGUCCACCACCAUGGACUACCCGUCCCUGGCUCUGAUCACAGAAAAGAUGUCGGAGAACAACAUCAACCUCAUCUUUGCUGUCACCAACCCUGUGGUUCCUCUGUACCAGAACUACAGCGAGCUGAUCCCUGGCACCACUGUGGGGACGCUGUCCAACGACUCGGGCAAUGUUGUUCAGCUUAUACUGAAGGCUUACGCUAAAAUCCGUUCAAAGGUGGAGCUGGAGCUUCAGGGCAUCCCAGAGGAGCUGUCGCUGUCCUUCAACGCCACCUGCCUGAACGGAGAGCUCAUCCCUGGCCUCAAGUCCUGCUCUGGACUCAAAAUAGGCGACACGGUCUCCUUCAGUGUGGAGGCUCGUGCUCGUGGAUGCCCCAAACAGAAGAAAAAGACCUUUGUCAUCAAGCCUGUGGGCUUCAAGGACUCCCUCUCCAUCACCGUCACCUUUGAGUGUGACUGCAAGUGCCAGAACAAAGCCCAGCCCAACAGCCCUAAAUGUAACCAUGGCAAUGGCACAUUUGAGUGCGGCAUCUGCCUGUGCCACCCAGGUCGUCUUGGGCCUCGCUGCGAGUGUGCCGAGGGUGACUAUAAUCCCAUGGAACAAGACCGCUGCAGCGCACCCACAGUCUCUGGAGGUCCACAGGCUGCCAUCUGCAGUGGACGUGGGGACUGUGUCUGUGGCCAGUGUGUGUGUCACACCAGCGACUUUGGCAAGGUUUGGGGCAAGCUGUGCGAGUGUGAUGACUUCAACUGCCUGCGCUACAAGGGUGAACUGUGCUCUGGACAUGGCACCUGUGACUGUGGUUUCUGCCAGUGUGCGCCAGACUGGCAGGGUGAGAACUGUAACUGCUCCAGACGCACCGACACAUGUAUGUCCAACCUGGGCCUGCUGUGCAGCGGGAGGGGCCAGUGUGUGUGUGGGGCCUGUGAGUGCACCCAGCCCGGGGCCUACGGGGCCACCUGCGACAAGUGUCCCACCUGCCCUGACGCCUGUACCAUGAAGAAGGAGUGUGUGGAGUGUAAGCACUUCAAGAGGGGCAAACUGUUUGAGGACAACACCUGCACUCGGAUCUGCCGGGAUGAGAUUGAGCUGGUGGAUGAAUUAGUGCUCCAUGAUACAAAUGCUGUGAACUGUACUUACAAGGAUGAGAAUGACUGCGUGGAGCGUUUUCAGUACUAUGAGGACGCCAGUGGCAAGUCCAUCUUGUUUGUCGUCAAAGAACCAGACUGUCCCAAGGGUCCCGACGUCUUAGUGGUGCUUCUGUCAGUGGCGGGGGCCAUCUUGUUCCUUGGUUUAGCAGCUCUGCUCAUCUGGAAGCUGCUGGUUACCAUCCAUGACAGACGGGAGUUUGCCAAAUUUGAGGAGGAGCGUGCUCGUGCCAAGUGGGACACGGGACACAAUCCUCUCUACAAAGGUGCCACCUCUACUUUCACGAACAUCACAUACAGAGGCAAAGACUGAUGCUGCCGAUCCAGCCAAAGCCAAAGGACGAUCAAAUGGACUUUUACAGUCAUUUCUGGGAAGCCACCAAAUCAUGUGCAGGUCUCUACUGUCACAAGACGAUAUUUAAUUAUUAUUUGUGUUUGUAAAUAUGUAGAAAUGAUUCCAAGGACAUAUUUAUCAGGGAUUUGUCAUAAGCAUCCAGUUAUAUUACACUGAUAGGAAAGAUCAUUGUGACUUUAAGUGGUAUAGACUGAGGAUUUUGUAUUUCAGCCAACCGACAGUGGAAAUUCUGCAGGCAUGCUUUAGGUUAGCAGCCAAGGGCAGACAAUGGUAUGUGAAACAAACAUCAUUUCCGGAUCAAACUCUUGUGAUUUCCUGUUUGUGGAACUCUGUGGGAAGAUAAACCUGCCUUUGGGAGAGUCAGCAUUCAUGCCAUUCUACAGAUAUGUUACAGUUUUGAGGAAACUGUCAUGUCACUCAAAGAAAGAGUAUUUUCUAAAGCAGACAUUCAUAGAUACUAUAAAUGGUUUCCCUUGUGGGCUGAUAUCAUUUUACAACAUAUUUUAGUCAUUCUAGGUUUUUCUUACAAAGUGGGAAAUGCACUAGGCCCUGUUGUGUUUCAAUGAACUUUUCCAAACCCAAACAUUUUAGGAGUCCUGUCCUGAAAUGUGAAGAGUAAAGGUCUUGGCCCAAAUGCAAUUAGUAACUGAAGAACUUUAUUCCAGAAUGAGGUUAAAAAGGGUACCUACUUCUACAAAAUAAUUACUGCCAUGAAGGCAAAAUUAUGGCUUUUUAAAGUCAUUAGUUACGUGGAGACAACUUCUCGCAGAAUUUUAUAUUUAGAGUCAUUUUUAAGGAUAAUGAACAUGUGACAUUAUGUUUCUCAGUUAUGGAUACACUGAAUAUAGGAAAGAAACUUUUUCUAAUGACUCAUGUAUGGCAAAUGUUUUAAAGGCUCAGUAGUGACUAAUUUUCAGCUGAUAUCUUUGUUUUACACAUUUAAAACACACUUCUUAAAUGAGAGGAAAUGUCUUGAAAGGCCCAUAGCCAAGUAACUUGCAAAUGACUGAGACAUUCCAUAACUGGGACAUAAUUUCUUGCAAUAUCUGUUCUUGCAGUAUUUGUUUACAAGUUAUUGUGACAUCAAUAUUUUGAUAAGCCUUAUCAGAAUGCUUUAGACAUUCCACUGAUGUACAGAAUAUUUUUGCACUUGUAUUUGUAAACUGCUAAUGAUUUGCUAAAGGCCCAAUUACCUGCACCACCGACCUGUUCAGAUUGCACAUCUCUGCAAGCAGAAACAACAUGAAGGGCCACACAGCCCAAGCCAGACAGUGAAUGAACAAAAAAAAAAAAAAGCAAAGAUGUAGGGCUUU